GUUGCACUGAGGAAUGAACGAGUCAGGAAUCGGCUGUUUCAAUGCUUUCCCUAAUUCUACUCCCAUUUCGGUCACAAUUUAAUGCUAAGUCCAAACCAUAUUUCACACUUCGCUCCCCGUGUUCGUUCCUAGCGGUUUUGGUGAUUUAGUCUCUUUGCUAUAGCUUCAUUAUUACCGUCGGCAAUAUGUCUGGCAAUAAUUCCACUCCAUCUCUUCCGCCUGAGGUCUUGAACCAUAAUAAAGGGCCUUCGCUGAUCAUAGUAAGCGCCGUGUCGAUACCGUUUGCUCUUGGUGUUGUAGCCAUCAGAGUAUGGGCUCGACAUCGAAAACGGAUGGCCCUCGAACGCGACGAUUUCAUGAUACUCUUAUCACUGCCAUUGCUCUGGGCUACUGCUGGAGUUGCAAUCGCAUCUGUAACCUAUGGCGGCGUUGGCAAACCAUUGGCGGUCAACAUGAUGCAAGACCCGAAUCGACUUGGACGUGCUCAAUUGUGUCUGGUUUUAACCGAAUUCGUCUACGGCACAGUUCUCUGCACCAUAAAAGUCGGCAUCCUCCUAAUGUACUACCGAAUCUUCCCAACGAAAUCCAUGCGAAUUGGCGGAUACAUCCUCGGUGGAAUGACCUUUUCGUGGUGGAUAGGCAUCAUUUUCGCAAGCAUCUUCCAAUGCUCGCCCGUCGACAAAGCCUGGAAGCCAUUUAUGAAAGAAGGUACCUGCCUGGAUAAAAAUCGCUUCUUCAUUGGAAACUCGAUCCCGAAUAUUGUGAUGGACGCUAUGAUUAUCGCGUUGCCUGUUUUUGAGGUGUCAAAGGUCCAGGUACCGAGGUCGCAGAAGAUUGCUAUCGCAGGAAUAUUUCUGCUCGGUGGCUUGAUCGUGAUCAUCAGUUGCAUUCGGUUGAAGUACAUUGUUGCCCUCCUCCAAGCCGGGCAAGAAGCAGACUUCACGAAACUCAUCUCGACACCCUGGAUAUGGACAGUGAUCGAACCAUCAGUCGGACUCCUCUGCGCCUGUCUCCCCACGAUGCAGCCGCUUUUAUACGUUCUCUUCGGCCGUUUCAUCACCAAGACUACACAAGAUCGCAGUAAAGAAGGAAUCAUCACCAUUGGAGGUAGUGGCCAAAAGUCAGCAGACAGACAGAAAGGUCCUGUCAAGGAUGGACCAUUUCGCAGACUGCAUGAUAAUGAUUCAGCUGAGGAGCCUGUUUUGUGGCCUGAGACGUAUAAUAAUCAGCAUAAUACGGUGGUGGAACACUCCAAGGGGGUGGCGGUGGAUGAGAUUCCGUUAGGGACGAUUGCGGUGAAGAAGGAUAUACGGUGGGAAGAGUCGUAAAGAGAAGGGUAUACUAUACUGGGAUAGGCAAUUCGAUGCAUCAUGCUUAAUAAUUAUUUGGGGGGUAAUACAUUUCACAGCGAUCAAUAAUUUGAGGGUAGCGAAGUGACUCCCUUAAGGGACAUUUUCCCAAGCACGCCAGAAAUGCGUUAAGUUGAACGGAGCAAGUUAUGUGAAUCUCUUGGAGCUAAAUGGACCGCGACCAUCAGUCGUAAGCUAUUUUAGAAUAAAGGAUAGGGCAAUAUCCUGGAACGGAAGUUUAGUCUAG